AUGCUAAUUCUAACAGCUUUGACGAAUGGUAUUGUAAAGGAAGUAACUGUCAUUUUUAUAGCUGUGGUGGGAGUAAUUAUUUUGGGUAACCUGAUUCUUCUUCAAACUAUUAGCUUUAUGUUAGCAGAAUAUUUUUAGAUCUAGAAGAUCAUUCUCAUAUUAAAGUGGAUGCCCAAUUGUUAUAGUAAAGAUAAUAUUAAUUUCAAAAGAUUUUAUGAUAAUAAUAAUACUCCUGUUUUGGUUUUAGAUGAUAGAUAAAUACUUGACUUUUCUGUCACUUCUUAAAGCCACACUUGUGGAUAAACAUUAACUAUAUCUGUAACAAUUUAACAUAGAAGAAGAAGUCUUUUGAUGUGGUUCUGUAACUUUUGGGGAGGAGGAUUAAUAUCAUUCUCAUUCAGUAUUAUUAAAUGUUAGUAUAAUUGCCCUGGGUGCAUAGAAAAUUAGCAAAUAUUUUGCUUAAAAUGGUCACUUCAUUAAUAUUCAUUAAAUUAGAAAUAUAUCACAAUUUCAGAUGGAUGGACUUUUUCAUUAAAUUAUGAUCAUUAUUGGUAUAAUGGAGAUAUCUAAUUUUUGAAAUUUUAGCAAAUUCAAUAUUAGACUUAGCUACCUCUUCAUUAAGAUGUAUUGAUAAGGUUUUAUAAAUAUGAUGAAAUUACAAUAAUUGUAGACUAUUCAUAAGGUAAAAAAACCAUAACUUCUGGCUAUUAAUUAAUAGAAAUACUAAUAGAAAACCAUUGUGAUUCUAUAUUAUUGCUGAAUAUUAAAACUCAAAUACCUACUGAAUAUUGUUUAAUAAGAGAUUUUGAGGUAUUUUACUCUUAACCAGAAAAAAAAAUAGUUAAUAAGUUGCAUGAAGGAUGUUUAGAGUUUAUUGAAGAUAAAUGCUUGGUUUGUUAGGAUGGCUGGACUGAAGAUAGAUUUCUUGAAAAUUGUCAUCCAAUUUGUAGUGAUGGAAACAUUCAAGAUUAAUAUUGCCAUAUAAGAGAUUUAAAAGUAUCCUACACUUAAGCAGAAAUAGUAGUAAGCAAAUUGAAUGAAGGUUGCUCAAUGUAAAUUGAUAAUUUGUGCUUGAUCUGCAAAGAAGGUUGGAUUAAAGAUGAAUUUCUUGACAAUUGUCAUCCAUUUUGUGGUGAUGGAAAAAUACAAGGAUAAGAAGAAUGUGAUGAUGCUAAUCUAAUAUCUAAUGAUUCUUGUUAUUAAUGCAAAUAUUCAUGCAUAAACUUUUGCAAAACUUGUGUAUUUGGAAUUUGUUAUGAAUGUGCUUUUGGAUUUGAUCUUAAUGCUGAUUUAAAUUGUGUUUCUUUUUGUGGAGAUGGUAAUGUGGUUCCUUAUUCAGAUGAAUAAUGUGAUCUCACAGAUAAUGGAGAAUGGGAUCAUUGUUAGGAUUGCAGAUUUAUAUCAAUAGCUAAUUGCAAACAUUAAUUACUUUCAAUGUGCUUGGUGUGUGAACUAGGAUUUUAACUGUUAGAAAAUGCAUGUUUUCCUCUUUGUGGAGAUAAAUAUAUUCUAUAAUAAUAUGAGGAAUGUGAUGAUGGAAAUUUACGACCUUAUGAUGGUUGCUUUUAAUGUAAGUUUCAAUGCGCUGAAGAUUGCAACAUAUGCCAUCUAGGAGAAUGCAUUUUAAGAUGUGAAGAUGGAUACAAUUUUGUUAAUAAUAGAUGCCUUUCUAUUUGUGGUGAUCAAAUUGUCACAAAAGAAGAGGAUUGUGAUGAUGGCAAUACAAUCUAAUUUGAUGGUUGCUUCAAUUGCAAGUAUUCUUAUUCAUGUCCAUAAAAUUGCAAUGAAUGCUAUCAAGGUACUUGUUUAGAGUGCAAUGAUUAAUACUAAUUACUAAAUUCAAAUUAAUGCAAAUGA